AUGCUGUACUCGGGAAGAUCCGUCAAUAAAGUGUUCAACCAGGACUUUGUCAUAGACAAACGCUUCAAGAUCGUCAAGGAGUUGGGACAUGGUGCAUAUGGUAUCGUGUGCUCUGCCAGGUACGAUGACGGCCUGGAGGAGGAAUCGGAAGGAAACUUCGUUGCCAUCAAGAAGAUCACCAACAUUUUCUCCAAGAAGAUAUUGUGUAAACGUUCACUUCGAGAGUUGAAGCUUUUGCAGUUUUUCCGUGGCCACAAGAACAUCACAUGCCUCUAUGAUUUGGAUAUUGUGCCCAAUCCCAUCACGGGCGCUUUUAAUGAAAUUUAUCUCUACGAGGAGCUAAUGGAAUGUGAUAUGCACCAGAUUAUUCGCCUGGGUCAGCCAUUGACUGACUCGCACUAUCAGCUGUUUAUCUAUCAGGUCUUGUGUGGGUUGAAGUACAUUCAUAGUGCUGAUGUGCUUCACCGUGAUUUGAAACCGGGCAAUUUAUUGGUCAAUGCAGACUGCGAGCUCAAGAUUUGCGAUUUUGGUCUUGCCCGAGGUUUUCUGGAGGACGUGGAACAGAAUGCCGGCUUCAUGACAGAAUACGUGGCAACUAGAUGGUAUAGGGCCCCUGAAAUCAUGCUUUCGUUCUCCAAUUACACAAAGGCAAUCGAUAUUUGGUCCGUGGGAUGUAUUUUGGGCGAGUUGCUUGGUGGAAAACCGCUUUUCCGUGGUAAGGACUACGUGGACCAGCUCAACCAGAUCCUAAUGAUCUUGGGAACUCCCAAAGAGGCCACUUUGACCAAAAUUGGGUCUGUCCGGGCCCAGAAUUACGUGCGCCUGUUGCCUAUAAUGCGCCGUGUACCCUAUCUGGAGUUGUUCCCCGGGGCCAAUCCAUUGGCUCUUGAUUUGUUGGAGAAGAUGUUGACUUUGGAUCCAUUCGAAAGAAUCACCGUUAAUGAUGCGCUCAACCAUCCAUAUUUGGCCAUCUGGCACGAUCUCCAAGAUGAGCCCGAAUGUAAGAUGAAAUUCGACUUCAGUACAUUCGAGACCGUCGAUGACAUCGAAUUGAUGAAGAAGUUGAUCAUAGAGGAGGUUCAGACCUUCAGAGAUUUUGUGAGGAAACCGAUCCACGAACAGCAGCAGAUUCAGCUACAAAUGCAGCGUGAACAGGAGAACCAUCAGCAGCAGCUUCAUGAACAGCAGCAGCAUCAGCAACAACAACAGCAACAGAAACUUCAUGAACAACAACAGUUCCAGGAGCAACAGCAUCAGCAACAACAACAACAACAGCAUCAACAGCCACAACAACAUCUACAUCAGCCACGUCAACAGGAGCAAAUUCAUCAUCAACAACUUCAGCAACUCCAUCUGCAUGACCCGGAUUUGACGAUUAAGGAUAAUUUUGGUCAAUUUCCAGAAAUUUUCUCUUCGGCUGGAUACUCUGGCAUCAGCAAUGGAGGGGUAUUAACCAAUCCAGAACAACUUCAUAACGAGAAUGAGUUGCUGUACUACCAGCAGAUACCCAAGCCACAAGAACUCGACGAGUUCAGUUUUAUGGGCCAGAAAUCGGACAAUCCUGAGCAUUUCCGCUUGGAAGAAGAGUUGGGAUUCGGGUUGGACGGGGUGCCCUCUUUGAACCAGUGA